AUGUCUAGCAUCACAGAUAUUAUGCGAAAGCGAUUGAUGGAUUCCAUCAGAUCCAUUCAGCCACCGGGAAAAUGGAAGAUUAUUGUCGUGGAUUCCAAGAGCAACCAAAUUCUGAAUGCUGCGUGCAAGAUGUAUGAUAUUUUAGAGGAGAAUGUAACCUUGGUCGAGAAUAUCGAACGAAAGAGACAGCCUUAUCCGACUCUGGAAGCCAUCUACUUUUUGACACCUUGCAAAGAGUCCAUAUUACGUCUUGUCGAUGAUUUCUCAACAAAACCACCCACAUACAAAGCAGCCCAUGUGCAUUUCACAAGUGGCUUAAAUGAUCAGUUAUUCGACGAUUUGAAUAGACGGUUGAAAUCAACGGGUGCGUCUGAAUACAUUUUGAGUUUAAAGGAGCUCUACGUUGAUUUUAUGGUCAAGGAGUCCGCUGUUUUCACCGUAGAUCCUAUUACUAGCUUCCUGUCAGUCUUUGGCGAUGAUCAUAUGUCAAAUCCUGACGAUUCUUUGAGGACAACCGCCAAACAACUACUUUCUGUAUGUGCAACUUUGGGUGAAGACCCCAUUAUUAGAUAUCAAUCACAAUCAGAAGGUGGCAUUCAUCCUCAAGGCUCACCCGCUGGAAAACUAGCCCAUAUUGUGCAAAAGGAAGUGGAUAAUUUCUGUAGACUCAAUCCCAAUUUCCCACCUCCUCGUCAACCACCUCAACCAAGAGCAACGCUAUUGAUUGUCGAUCGUUCCAUUGACCCUGCAGCACCCUUAUUGCAUGAAUUUACGUACCAAGCCAUGAUCAAUGAUUUAUUGCCAGUUGAGGAAACAGAGAACCAUCAAGGCAUCAAAUACUCGUACGAAUAUCAUCAAGCAGAUGGAUCAUUGGACGCAAAAGAAGUGACACUGGAUGAAGAAGACAACGUGUAUAAAUCAAUUCGUCAUAUGCAUAUUGCUGAAUGCUCAGAUCGUUUGAUUGAGAAAUUCAAUGAAUUCUUGGCAGAGAACAAAGCGGCUGCCAACUCAGGUGAUAGAAGUUCCGGGCCCAAGGAUUCAGCAAAGAGUUUGAAAGAGAUGAAGGAAAUGCUGACCAAUUUGCCUCAGUAUCAGGAUUUGAAGGCCAAGUACUCGGCUCAUUUGAGCAUUGCGCAAGAGUGUAUGUCUUUUUUCGAAAGACACAAGCUGAAUUCAGUGGGUAAUUUGGAGCAAAAUAUGGUUACUGGCGAGACAGCAGAUGGAGAGACCCCAAAGACGAUUGUGCUCGACAUGGUGCCACUAUUAGACGAUCCCCAUGUGAGCCCUGUGGAUAAGGCCCGUUUGUUGAUGCUAUACAUUAUCUGGAAAGAAGGCGGCAUCUUUGAAGACGACAAAAAGAAACUACUAGAACACGCAAAACUCAAGGGCGAGUUACGAGAUGCUAUCAACAAUCUACCACUGAUUGGUGUCAAAUUGACUCGUGUUCGUAAACCAGAAAAAUCAUCGUUUUUGAAAAAGAGAAGGCAAAAGAAGAACAAGGAUGAGGAAACACCUUAUGAACUGUCUCGUUACGUACCUGUCAUUAAGAAGGUGAUGGAUGCACAUUUGACAAAUAUAUUGGACCCCAAACAAUUUGCAUUCACCAGACAGUCAGACAUGGAACCAUCUGAAGACGGUGGACAUGGUCAUGCGCCUGGUCAGGGCGGCAUUCCUCUUAGUGGUGUUUCACUUCGCACAACAAAACCCACAUGGUCGAAAAAGACAGGCAAUGGAGGCGCUAUGGGGUCUCCUCGUACAUCCAAUGGUGCCAAAUUGAUUGUUUUUGUUAUUGGCGGUGCAACUUACAGCGAAAUUCGAUCCGUAUACGAGAUUGCAGACGCAUUCAAUCGAGAUGUCUAUAUUGGCACCACCGAGAUUCUGCGUCCCUCUUCAUUCAUUGAUCAUUUAGGUCAUCUCAGACUACCAGUGCCUACGCCUAAAUCAGUGAUUCCACCUUACGUGCCACCCACACCUAUUACACCCAAAUCAAGCGAUUCCAUGAGCAAAACUGCUUCUUUGAUGUCGCAUAUGCAUAUCAAUAGCUCAUCGUCUCAUUUGAGUCAUAAAGGUUCCAACCUGUCGUUGUCAGACAAAACCAGCAGCACGACAUCAACCAACAAUACCGAAGAAAAGGAAAAGAAGAAAAAGAAGGGAUUAAAGAGAUUCUUCUAA